AGCCAGAGCCGCUGCAGCCAAGGCGAGAACUUCACCAGCAGCGCAGGUUGGAGUUGCACCACCAGCGGGAAGGUCCUGCGCAGCAUGGCUCGGAGAAAUGUUUUCCCUGCUUUCGCGCUCCAGCUCUGGAGCAUCCUACCUUGCCUGCUCCUGCUGCGAGCCGAUGCGGGGCAGCCACCUGAGGAGAGCUUGUACCUGUGGAUAGACGCCCAUCAGGCAAGAGUGCUUAUAGGAUUUGAAGAAGAUAUACUGAUUGUCUCAGAGGGGAAAAUGGCCCCCUUUACACAUGAUUUCAGGAAAGCCCAGCAGAGAAUGCCAGCCAUUCCUGUCAAUAUCCACUCCAUGAAUUUUACCUGGCAAGCUGCAGGGCAGGCAGAGUACUUCUACGAGUUUCUGUCUCUGCGCUCCCUGGAUAAAGGCAUCAUGGCAGAUCCAACUGUCAAUGUCCCUCUGCUUGGAACAGUGCCUCACAAGGCAUCAGUUGUUCAAGUUGGUUUCCCGUGUCUCGGCAAACAGGAUGGGGUGGCAGCAUUUGAGGUGACUGUGAUUGUCAUGAAUUCCGAAGGCAACACCAUCCUGCGGACCCCUCAGAACGCUAUCUUCUUUAAGACUUGUCAACAAGCCGAGUGUCCCGGAGGCUGUCGGAAUGGAGGCUUUUGUAACGAAAGGCGAGUCUGUGAGUGUCCCGAUGGGUUCUACGGGCCUCACUGUGAAAAAGCCCUCUGUGUACCUCGCUGUAUGAACGGUGGCCUGUGUGUCACACCUGGCCUCUGCAUCUGUCCACCUGGAUUCUACGGAGUCAACUGUGACAAAGUGAACUGCUCGGCCACCUGCUUUAAUGGGGGUACCUGCUUUUACCCGGGAAAAUGUAUUUGCCCUCCAGGACUCGAGGGAGAGCAGUGUGAGCUGAGCAAAUGCCCCCAGCCCUGCCGAAACGGAGGUAAAUGCAUUGGUAAAAGCAAAUGUAAGUGCCCCAAGGGUUACCAAGGAGACCUCUGCUCUAAGCCUGUCUGCGAGCCUGGCUGCGGUGCUCAUGGAACCUGCCAGGAACCCAACAGAUGCCAGUGUCGAGAAGGCUGGCACGGGAGACACUGCAAUAAAAGGUUUGGAGCCAGCCUCAUGCAUGCCCCGAGGCCAGCAGGCGCCAGGCAGGAGCAGCACACGCCUUCACUUAAAAAGGCCGAGGAGCGGAGGGAUCCACCUGAAUCCAAUUAUAUCUGGUGAACCCCGCCAUCUGAAAUGGUUCAAGUUACACUGAGUUCAUAGCCUUUGUGAACCUUUCGUGUGUUGAAUGUUCGAACGAUGUUCACUACGCUUUAGAAUACUGGCCUGAAUUUUAUUAGCUUCAUUAUAAAUCACUGGGCUGGUAUUUACUUUUCCUUCUAGGUUUUCUAAGUACGUCUAGCAUGAUGGUAUAGAUUUUCCUCCUUCAGUCCUUUGGGAUAGAUCUUAUAUUAUAUCAGUUGAUCAGGCUAAAAAAUUGUCUUUUCAGUGUAUAGCUGGCAGAUAUUUGCAAAAUUACAACCCAUUGUGUUAUUAGGAUGGGGAAACAUUAGAGAGGUUAAACCGGGCAAAGAUGCAUAAAUCACAAGGAUUCAGAUAAAGCAGUUAAUAGUGUUUAAGCUACAGUAUUUCAAAUUUUAUUGCCAAAUAUUUGGACACUUGUAGAAUUAAUAGUUCAGUUGCCCUCCCUUAUCUUGAAGUGCGUACAAUAUAUUUCGCCCUUACCG